AUUUAAUUAUUUCCUAGAGUGAUGUUGGCCAUGGAACCAGGCCAUCUUCUCUGGACUCUGUUACUCUUGCAAGCCUUGUGUUCUCAGAAAUCUGAUGGAGCUACUCGGGUCUACUACUUGGGCAUCCAGGAAGUACAGUGGAACUAUGCUCCAAAUGAAAAGAAUGUCAUCACAAACCAGCCUCUGGACAAUGACAAAAUAGCUUUCAAUUUCCUAAAAUCUGGCAAGAAUCGAAUAGGGAGCAGCUAUAAGAAAACUGUCUACAAGGAAUAUAGAGAUGGCUCAUAUACAGAUGAAAUAAGCCAGCCAGCUUGGUUGGGCUUCCUUGGACCAGUGUUGUGGGCUGAGGUGGGUGAUGUUAUUAUUAUUCACCUGAAGAAUUUUGCCACUCGUCCCUACACCAUCCACCCACACGGUGUUUUCUAUGAGAAGAACUCAGAAGGUUCCCUAUACCCAGAUGGUUCUUCAGGUCAUUUGAAAGAUGAUGACUCUGUUCCUCCGGGAGGCAGUCAUAUCUACAACUGGACUAUCCCAGAAGGUCAUGCACCCACUAAUGCUGAUCCAGCAUGCCUCACUUGGAUCUACCAUUCUCACAUUGAUGCUCCACGUGACAUUGCAACUGGACUUAUUGGACCCCUUGUCACUUGUAAAAGAGGAAGCCUGAAUCAGAAAUCCCCACCUCAACGACAGGAUGUGGAUAAUGAUUUCUUCUUGCUCUUCAGUGUGGUAGAUGAGAAUCUUAGCUGGCACAUAGAUGAAAACAUUGUCACUCACUGCUCAGACCCUGCUUCAGUGGACAAAGAUGAUGAGGAAUUUCAGGAGAGCAAUAAGAUGCAUGCAAUCAAUGGCUUUGUCUUUGGGAACCUUCCAGACCUGAGCAUGUGUUCACGGAAGCCUGUGGCCUGGCACUUGUUUGGUAUAGGCAAUGAAGUAGAUGUCCACACAGCUUUCUUCCAUGGACAGAUGCUGACCAUCCGGGGCCACCGCACCGAUGUGGCUCACAUCUUUCCAGCUACCUUUGUGACAGCUGAGAUGGUCCCUCAGGAGCCUGGUACCUGGUUAAUUAGCUGUCAAGUAAAUAGUCACUUGCAAGAUGGCAUGCAAGCACUCUAUAAGGUUAAAUCUUGCUCCACGGUCUCUCCGAAGAACCUACUCACAGGAAAGCUUCGACAGUACUUCAUUGAAGCCCAUGAGAUUCAAUGGGAUUAUGGUCCAAUGGGCCUUGAUGGAAGUACUGGGAAGAAUUUGAGAGAGCCAGGAAGUGACUCAAAUAAGUUCUUCCAGAAGACCUCCAGCCGAAUUGGGGGUACUUACUGGAAAGUUCGAUAUGAAGCCUUCCAAGAUGAAACAUUCCAGGAAAAGAUACAGCUUGAGGAAGAUAAGCAUCUUGGAAUUCUUGGACCAGUGAUCCGAGCUGAGGUGGGUGACACCAUUUUGGUGGUCUUCUACAACCGUGCCUCUCAGCCUUUCAGCAUACAGCCUCAUGGGGUCUUUUAUGAGAAAGACUAUGAGGGAACUGUGUACAAUGAUGGUUUAUCACAUGCUGGCUUGGUGGCCAAGCCCUUUGAGAAAGUAACAUACCGCUGGAAAGUCCCUCCCAAAGCUGGCCCCACUGUUCAGGAUCCCGCCUGUCUCACCUGGAUGUAUUUCUCAGCUGUGGAUCCUAUAAGAGAUACAAAUUCUGGUUUGGUUGGCCCCUUGCUGGUGUGCAAGGCUGGUACCCUGGGUAAAGAUGGAAAACAGAAGGGGGUGGAUAAAGAAUUCUUUCUCCUUUUCACUGUUCUGGAUGAGAAUAAGAGCUGGUACAGCAAUGCCAAUAAAAAAGCUGCCAUGUUGGAUUCCCGACUGCUUUCAAAGGAUGUCAAAGGGUUUCAAGACUCCAAUCGUAUGCAUGCAAUUAAUGGGUUUCUGUUCUCUAACCUGCCCAGGCUGGACAUAUGCAAGGGUGAAAUAGUGGCAUGGCACCUUCUUGGCCUAGGCACUGAGACUGAUUUGCAUGGGGUCAUGUUCCAGGGCAACACUGUGAAGAUUCAGGGCAUGAGGAAGAGUGGAAUCAUGCUUUUUCCUCACAGUUUUGUUAUGGCCACCAUGCAGCCUGAUAACCCUGGAAUAUUUGAGAUUUACUGUCAGGAAGGUGUCCAUAGAGAAGCAGGGAUGAGGGCAAUCUAUAAUGUCUCUCAGUGUCCUGGCCACCAAACCAUGUCUCAUCAACACUACCAAGCUUCAAGAAUCUAUUAUAUCAUGGCAGAAGAAGUGGAGUGGGACUACUGCCCUGACAGGAGCUGGGAACUGGAAUGGCACAACAAAUCUGAAAAGAGUAGUUAUGGUCACAUCUUCCUGAGUAACAUGGAUGGACUCCUGGGUUCCAAAUAUAAAAAAGCUGUAUUCAGGGAAUAUACUGAUGGUACAUUCAGGAUUCUUCAACCAAGAACUGAAUCAGAGGAGCACUUGGGAAUAUUAGGUCCACUUCUCAGAGGAGAGGUUGGUGAUAUUGUAACUGUGGUGUUUAAGAACAAUGCCAGCCGUCCUUAUUCUGUCCAUGCUAGUGGAGUGCUAGAAUCUAGCAUUGGAUGGCCACAGGCUGCUGAACCUGGUGAGGUGGUCACUUACAAAUGGAACAUUCCAGAGAGAUCUGGCCCUGGGCCAAAUGAUUCUUCUUGUGUUUCCUGGAUCUAUCAUUCUGCAGUGGAUCCCAUCAAGGAUAUAUACAGUGGACUAGUGGGACCUUUGAUAAUUUGCCAAAAGGGCAUCUUGAAGCCCCAUAGAGGACGAAAUGACAUGGACCGUGAAUUUGCUUUGUUAUUCUUGAUCUUUGAUGAGAACCAGUCUUGGUAUUUGGAAGAGAAUUUGGCAAUCCAUGGAUCUCAGAAGCUUAGCCAUAUCAACCUACAGGAUGAAACUUUCUUGGAGAGCAAUAAAAUGCACGCCAUUAAUGGAAAACUCUAUGCCAACCUUAGAGGCCUUACUAUGUAUCAGGGAGAACGAGUGGCCUGGUACAUGAUGGGCUUGGGACAAGAUAUUGACAUACACACUGUACACUUCCAUGCAGAGAGCUUCCUCUAUCAGAAUGGAGAGAGAUACCGAGCAGAUGUGGUGGACCUGUUCCCAGGGACCUUUGAGGUUUUGGAGAUGGUGGCCAGCAACCCUGGAACGUGGUUGAUGCAUUGCCAUGUUACUGACCAUGUACAUGCUGGCAUGGAAACCCUUUUUACUGUCUUAUCCCAAGGAGACCACUUAAGCACUAUCUCCACCAUCAUAAAGGAGACUGGAAAAGCAGAGUUGACCGAAGAUUUUGGAGAAGGCAGUGUGAAUAUGCUGGGCAUGUGGAUCCCUCUAAAGAGUAUUGAGAUACUAGCUUCUUUUUUAAUUAUUAUAAGUAUCAUUCUCCUUUUCACUUCUCUGGCUCUUAGUGCCUUGGUCUGUUACCAACAUCGGCAGAGAAAGCUACGGCGCAACAGGAGGUCCAUUCUGGAUGACAGCUUCAAACUUCUAUCCCUCAAGCAGUAACAACUGGAUCUUUGAACAAUAUUUACUGAGUAUGCACCAAAUAGGCCUUGAACUAGUU